UGAGACGGAAGGCUUAAAGACCUGGAAGGAAUGACUAAAGAGUGUUUUGAUCCCUUAUUGCCAUGGAGAUGCAAACUCCAAAGGACUGUCAGGCCAAGAGAGUCCAAAGAAUAAAGGCUUGAUCAGGAAGAUGCAAUGAGGUCUAGAGGCACAUGUAAAGUGCACUAGUUCUAGAAAGUUCCAGCCUUCUUGGCUUGUGAUAUCAUAGAAUUCUUAGAAUGCUUCCAGUAACGGUUGUUUCAACUGCUGGAACAAAUGGUACAAGAGCUCAGAGGUUUCAAAUGCUAUCUAAAGGGAAGUACGAAGUAGCUUGAAUUUAGAGCAUCGGGAGUUCCUCAACAUGCCUCAGGAUGAAGAGGACCCAGAGAUGGCCUUUCCCCUCCCAAUCCCAGCAGAGGCUGAAGACAAUCUAGAGUGGAACAUAGGAGAGCCCUUUGAGUCCUUGGAGAAGCUGCAGGGCCUCUCCAGUGGGGAGAAAGGGGAGAAGGCCAUGUUGCGUUCACGCAUCCAUGAACAAUCUCAACUGAUCUGCAUCCUGAAGAAGCGAGCAGAUGACCAGCUCUUGCGUUGCAAAGCCCUCGAACAGCUCAACAUAGAGCUGGAGGAGAUGAGGAUGGCAGAUGCCCUCAGACUGGAGAAUCAGACCCGGCGCAUCCAACAGCUGGAAGAGCGCUUUAUGGACUUGGCUGCCAACCAUGAGGAGAUGAUCCAUUUCAAAGACGAACACAAACGUCAGAACACACAGCUGAGGGAAGAAAACCGGCGCCUGCGUCAAGAGAACCAAAAUCUCUUCAGCCAACCUUUGAAAGAGAAAGAAGCAGAGCUGGCCCAGCUCACUUCUCAGCUGGAGACACUCUCUAAGGAAAUGGCGUCUUUAAAGGAAAGUUACAAAGAGGACAGCCAGCGUGCUCAGGAACGAGAGAAAAAGUUUCUGGAAGCUCAAAGCCAACACGCCAGAGUCCAUGCUGAGGAAAUGAAGUCCUUGGGAUGCCAACUGGAAAUCUUUAAGGAGAAGCACCAUCAUGUCACUGAGAAACUGAAACAAGCAGAAAAGCAGCUAAGGGAAACCGACAACAAUGUGCAAACCAGGCUGGAAAAGCUGACUAAGGAGAAAGAGGAGUUGCUGAAGUUGGCUAUGGAUCGAGGCAAGGCACUGCAGGAAAAGCAAUGGGAGAUACUGCAACUAGAGAAGAAGGCGGAAGAGAUGGAGAAAGCCAAACUGGCAGCUGAACAGCACUUUGAGACUGAGGCUGCAUUGGUAAACAGUAAUCUCCGGGUUCGGGACCUUCACCAUCGACUGGAUGGAGCACAACAAGCCUAUGCUGAACUCCAGAUGCAGUUUGAAGCUUACAAGAAGCACAGCACAGAGCUGCUUACUAAGGAGAAAGAGUUAAAUGCCAAACUGCGUCAUUUCAUGGCGUAGUCAGUGGGACUUUGUCACCUGUAAGCUUUGCUACUAGCAUGAUUUUUUGUUGUUGUUAUCUAUAGUCUUUAAAAGAUAAAAAUAAAGCAAGC